AUAGAGAGCAACGUGUGUGUAGUGACUGUGAAAAAAGAAUGAUGAAAAAAGAGUGAACAAUUGAAUACGUAAUACAUACACAUGACCACAGAAACGAUAACCUACAAAUGAAAACGAAGUGAGGAAAGCAACUUGACGGUAUAGAGAGCAACGUGUGUAGUGACUGAAAAAGAAUGAUCGAAAAAAAGAGUUAAUACGUAAUAGAUACACAUGACCACAGAAGCGAUAACCUACGAAUGAGAACAACGAAAUGAAGCACGUAUUUUGACGGUAUCCAGUGCAGCGUAUGAAGUGACGUUAAAAAAGAAUGAUGAAAAAGAAUACGUGAAUACAUAACACAUAUAUACACAUGACCACAGAAACGAUAACCUACAAAUGAGAACGAAAUAAGGAAGGCAACUUGUGCAGUGUUAUGUGACCGUGAAAAAUGAUGAUAACAAAAAUAAAUAAAUAGCCUACAUAACACAUACACUUGACCAUAGAAACGAUAAGCUACGAAUGAGAACGAAAUGAAUCAGGCAUCUUGACGGUAUAGAGUGCAGCGUAUGUGAAGUGACCGUGAAUAAGAAUGAUGAAAAAUAAUGAGUAAAUCCGUAACACAUGACUAUCCAAACAGUAACUUCUUGCAGGCGAAACGAACACGCUAACGGUCUGCUGUUAACGCGCUGAGAUAGAAGAUGAACACCAGCAGCAGCCUCGUCUUCAUGUGCUUACUGACUACGGUGACGAGCGGGAAAUUCUAACAGAGGAGGAAAAAACAAACAUCAAACAUCGCCGAAUCAUUCCCUCGCCCCUCAUCUACCGCUUUCAAACAUGAAAAAACUGUACACCUGUGAUUUCCUGGCGCUAGAACUUGAACUUGAGAGAAAAAUCGACAAGUAACGCCCAAAACAAUGCCUGUUACCGUGGCUCUCGUGGGCAUGACGGUGCUGGUGGCGGCGGUGACCUGGGCGGAGGGGGCGGCGGUGGCGGGGCGAAGCGAGGAGUGGCUUCGAACCUUUCCUCAACAUGCAGCGAUACCCUACCCCAAUCCCCCCAAUCCCCAAAGAGUCCUCACCCCACCCUACACAGACGCCAUCCCCACGUCUUCAGAACGGGGAAUGAAGGCGCUGUCCCCACGGGUGAGGCCCAGAGCUACAUUCCCCUCCGUAGAAAAUGACUGGAACCCUUCAUCGUCAGAGGAGGAGGUUCAGAGGUCCCCAUCCUCGUCUGAAGAAGAGGACGUGGAACCCAUCACUCCCCGGUCAUCCUCAGAGGAGUUGGUCGUCGUUCUUCCCCUUCCCACGGAGCCAAGGCCCCCUGUGGUUACGCCGCCGCCCGUGUCUCCAGUGGAAUCCGUCCCCACCACUACCCCCGCCCCGCCGCCGCCCUCCCCACGACCACCUCCCAGACCCAAGAAGCCGCGACGGAGGGUUAUCUCCAUCACCAGGCACUACCAAGGCGAUCUGUACUCCUUGGAGGCUGGACGCGGCCGAAGGUGUGGCUGCGAGGAAGGCAAGGGGGACGCUAUAGGGCCAGGUGAGGGGUGCCAGUGCCAAUGCCCCGCCUCCGCCCCCACCUUCAGGGACGACGUUGCCACCUGCGUCUCCACCCUCCAUGAGUGCAUCCUGGCAGACUUCGUGAGCAGCUCUGACGCCGAGAAGAUCCCCUACGUUUACCUGCCCCUGAAACACCAGCUCGUCCACCCAACGGCCGAGGUGGCGCUCCGAGGGAUGGAACACGGGGGCCAGCCGAUCAUGUCCCCCGUCUGUGUGGUGACGGGGGCAAGCAUCCUGACGCAGCGGGGGUGGAGGAACAUGGCCAACACCUCCACCUUCGAGCCGCCAUUCAGGUUGUUCCGUGACGUGGGUCGGACCUACGUGCAGUGGGUGGGGGAGGCGGAGGCGAGGAGGGCUGCAGAAGGGCGCCUCGUGUUGGUCAGCCUCAUCUGCCGGGACGCCGCCCAGCCCGCCACGCCUGUCUUCCGCCCCUGCCUCGCCUUCAGGGUCGCCGGCAGCCCAGGUUCCUCGGGGGCGCUGUCAGCCACGCCCGCGCCAGGGGACGGGGCGUGGGAGGCGCUGUCCUGGGGCGACGGGGUCAUCAUCGGGCUGGUGGUGGCCUGCCUCACCGUCAUCUACGUCGUCGGGAUGACAGUCUUCAUCCAGUACAAGCGGAAAAAGAAGCAACAAAAGAUCAAAGAACGAGAUGGUGAGGAGGGAAGCAACAUGGGGGGCCGCAAAGGGGGCAGGGACAGGGCUAGGCCGCGCUCCGCCCUCAAGUCCUCCUCCCUCCUGGUGGCCCCUGACGACGCUGAGGACAUCGAGGACCUCUCACUGGCCUCCAGGGCCCGACGCGCCAACAGGGAGAGGAACCACAUGACCUUCACCUCCGCGCUGGUGCACUCGAACAACAGAAUGAUGGGAUCGAUGGUGGGUCCAGAGCCCGCCGACGGGCUGGAGAGGCUGCCCCGUUCCCCCAUGUCGGUAGUGACUCUGGCCGGAGAUGCGGACACAGGAGCGGGCCUGAACCGGAGUUUGUCCGAAGGAGGCGGCGUAGUGAUGGCUCCUGGAGAGAACCAAGAGGCUCAAGCAAGGAAAAAGUUGUACUUUAACCCCGCCUACUUCGACCCAGAGUUGCUCCAGAGUCCGCCUCCCGGUGCGGUUGAGUUCCUCACCAGAAUCCGUGAAAUGAUUACCGUCGCCAAGACCAAAAUGAAGACGAAGACGUAUUAUCCGAGCCUCGGAGAUAUUCCCGAGGAAGAUUCCGAUGGUCAUUCUCGCCCUGCCAGCCGCACAGUGAGCGGGGCCACCUUGCAGUCGGAGGACACUCAGGAUGAAGCCACUAACGGAAGUGACGCAACCAGCAUUCAGAGCGAUUCGCUGGAGAGGCGGCCGAAGGAAAAUGAUAGCCGCAGCUCCACUCUCAAACGGCUCGCCCGGCGGGUCAACAGUCACGGGGAGAGCUUCGUCAGCGAGAUUAUCAAAACCCUUGACUUCAAGCCCCGUCUUCCCGCUAACGAUGGCUCCUUCGUGCCUUCUCCUGUCCUCAAGACCUCUGCCGCACACAAGGCAGCAGCUCCUCCUCCUCCUACGCCCGUCAACGCCCGAAAUGAGUCUCCAGAAAUCGAGGAUGAUUUCCCGGAGCUGAUCAAGCCGUCCAUGCUGCGCAGCGUGCUCAGAGACGGAAAGAGACUCACUGACCUUAACAACACCUUCGAAAACUUUAGACAGGAAAUGAUGGCGACCUUCCAGAAAAUGAAGAGAGUUGGAGAAGCCAUAUCCCCCAAGUCAACCCUCAACAGAAAUAAAAAGAAAGCCAAAGCAUCCCCCAAAGGCACACUGGAGAAACUGGAAGAUAAAAAAGAAGCUUCCUCCUCAGGCUCAGGCGAGGGGAAGGUACAGAAGUGGCUCCAGACCCUCGAUGGGAAGAACUCUUACACAAGGAUGACGGAGCAGCCAACCGCCGCGUCAGAUUCUCAGACUGCGUCGCCCGAGGACGUCCCGCCGCCUCUGCCCGAAAAGAACAGCAGACCACUCACGCCGCCACGGAGGCACCGGACCCAAGCACUCCGCAGCGUGUCAUUCAGCGAGGCGAGGCAGCACGGGUCCCUCCACCAAACUCACAGUGACCCAACUAGUCAUGACAGGCUUUCAGAGAAGUCACAAAUAAUUCGGUCGCUAUCGUGGCAGAAUGAACAUCAACAUUACGACUCCAACCCUCGCAGACGGCGCCCACCACUCCCUGAGCCUCCAGAAGAACACCGGAACGCGGCAUUCGGGUCCGAGGAUGACUCACUGAACGAUCUGGUGAGCGAGGCGGAGUCAAAGGUUCCGAAAAUGACUCCUAGCGACACCGAGAGCGUCUAUUCGGACACUAGGUCACGGGGCACCGACUCUCUGCAGCGGCGGACGGAGGAGCUGGAGGGCCACUCAAAGACUCACCUUGGGCAGCUUCCCCGAGAGGAGGCGAUGACGGCGAGGAAUGAAAUUUACAACAAAAGAACAGGAAACAAGACAAUGUCGCGCUUGGCCAGGAGUGAGAAUGAGUCGUACUCGAGGGUCGUGGAUCGCCUGAGUGAGGACGACUACGAGAGCCAGGACGACCAUACUUAUGAAGAGAUCCACUUCCCGUCUGGAGGUAGAGAAAAACGGAAAAGGAAAGCGCCUCAGACGCCGCCCAGGGAAAGCAAUACCAAUGAUGAGGAACCCAAACUACCCAAGAGAGGAGAGAGAACGAGACUCAGACACGGCAGCAGAGAAAAGUGGAGCGUGAAGGGAACUGAGGAGGGCAAACACGACAGCCACUACAUCUACAGCAACCCAGACUCCAUGGUGAGUGAGGUGACGAUAGACGAGUGCAGCAGUCCCAUCUACUCCGGCUGUACGGUAACCAUUCCCGUGGCGGACAAUAUGGCGCCGGACACCAGUGAGCCUGCGGGAGGGUUUGACCAGGACACCCUCGAGAGGCGCGGCAAGGCGGUCAAGCGCAACGGCAGCAUCGCCAUGGACUCCCUGGAAAGACCCAAAGUUAAGAACAAGAACAGUAACAAUAGCAGUAACAACAAUAGCGAUAAUAGUAACAACAGGAGUAAUAAUAAUAAUAAUAAUAAUAAUAAUAAUAAUAAUAAUAGUAAUAAUAAUAGUAACGAAGGGCGUCACGAGCCCUCUAGAGUCAAACGGAGGAUGACGCUGCCGGGCGAGAUGCCGCGGAAGGGAGACAAAUCUCUCUUGGACAUCUACGAGUCUCGGAGCAGCGUGAGGAGCGCCAAGUCAGUGGGCAGAGGGUCGCUGGAGGCGCCUUACACUCCUAUUAACCUCACCAAUUCUCAAGGCCUGGAAAACUCUGGAUCGUUCUAUCACAGCAACAUCAACAGUGCGAACACUACCAAUGCGAAGAACUUGAUUAACAACACCAGCGGAAACAAGAACAACACUGCAGAUACCACAAAGAAGUACCGAACCUUCAAAGACUAUCAGGACAUGAGGUUCCUGCGACACUCGGCGGAGACAGAGAGCACCACCAGCAGCGGCAGCACCAGUAGCAGUCCCCUCCCUGUCACGGGCACCAGCAUCUGCGUUAACUUCCAUGACUCCAGUUCGUCUUCCAGGGAGCAGGGCGAUGUCAGGCCUCCGCUGCCGCCGAAACAGACUCGGAACUAUGACACCUACGAGGCUGAUGCUAGUGACGUUCCUCUUCGCCUUCCUCCCAAGACUCGAACAGCUCCACCGCCUCUCCCUCUGAAAUCUAUCAAGCAAUACGACCAGGUAGAAACCGACAUGAGUCCUCCGAGGCUUCCGGAAAAGUCUUACCGCAAAAAACACCAAGAAACAUCCCCUACGCGGUCUUCCAGCAGUGGCUCCAUCCCUGAACUGACGGAGGAGGAGGCGCAGGCCAUCCUGCACGGCCUUCUGGCACACGCCCCACACGAGGGUCACAGGCUCUCCACGCUGCACGAGGAAGACGACGUGAGCGGGUCUUUUUUAGGGGGAGGGAACACUGCCGAUGACUCCAACUCCCGGGGCAGUGUUCCCUUUCUGGACGCAUUCUCCUCAGGGUCUCUUGAGAGUCCACCGACAACCCCAGCCUCCUUCUCGGCGUCCCCUCACUGCAGCAUGACGCAGCCUCACGAUCAAGGCUUUGGCACGGAGAGUUACCUGUGCCAGGGCGACGUGAGGGAGGAGACUCAGUCCCCGGGCAGUGAGGCGAGAGUGAGUGGGGAGUUCAUCCUCUCCAGCAUCGGCCGGUCAACCUCUCUCAGACGACAUUCUUCUCUCGGUAAGGAACAGACGAGCGGCUUCAAGUCGCGGCGCAGAGGCGCAACGGACGGCGAGUGUGACGAUGAGGGCGAAGCGAAGGGAACGGAAUUUUCUCUCGCCUCUAAGGCCAAGUCUGAUCUAGAAAAACAUUUUAAGGACAAGAGUGGAGGAGAGAGCAUAAAGAGGACUUGGAGAAAAAUUCUAGAGAAAGUGGAUGAUCCUCAGGAGGGUCAAAGUCACCCAACCGAGACUCAGGUACAGCAGGCCAUAGUGGCCAUAGGGCCCAAGGUGAAGCAGGACGACUCCGGCUACCACAGCACCGACUCCAGCGAGUCAGCCCACAGCAGGAACCCCAGCCAAAACUCCUCCGCGUCCUCCACCUCCGUGCCGCUCUCCACCGUCAGCAGCAGCAGCAGGUGGCUCACUAAAAAGGCGGUUUCUCAAAGCCUCAACCGGCCGGGGCUGCCCAGGCGGUCCUCCUCCCUCAACAGGAUGGCCUCCUACAACGCCCUGGACGUCCUCGCCGCCUCCAGCUUCCAGCGGUCCAGCCUCAGGUCGUCGCUCAGCCGCAGCUUCCCCGGGGUGCUCGGAGCCGCAGGCGCCUCCUCCGUGUACAUAAAUAAUAAGUUCGUUCAAGAAGACGAUGAUGACGACUCGUUCCCAGCUCGACUGUUCUGAGCUACGUUUCCAGUGAUACUAUUUCAGUAACUAACUAAUGAAGAAUCUUAAAGGAGCGCCAAAGGAAAAAUGGACGCCAUCAUGCUCGUGUAUGUAUUUAUGUCAUCUCUGCCAUAUUAGACGUCUUCCCCACGUGUGUGUGUGUGUGUGUGUGUGUGUGUGUGUGUGUGUGUGUGUGUGUGUGUGUGUGUGCGUUGGUGCCCGCCAAGCAGUGGAGCCAUAGCUCAAUCAACAGGAAAAAGGUUACACUUGGGAGAGGAAGGGACGGUCCAGUGGAAUACUUCACCCCGACACGUCCCUUCCUCACUCCCCUCGCAGCGGGCUGUCCUCGCAAGCCUGUCAAAGCAUAUGGCGCGCCGGAGGGAGGAAUCCAGUACCAAGAUCUGUGAUCAAUAAAACGGAAACAACUAGGGAGAGGGCACGUGGAGCUUGCCCUCCCAGCCCUUCCCUCCUGUCUCGUAGGAGCACACAAGGCUACCAAUGUCCAGUAUUAUGUAGGUAAUUUAUUAAAGAUAUAUUAUGUAAAUAAGUAUCCAGAUGUACAUGUCUAACUCGGAGUUAUAUUUAAAAAUAAAUUAAUG